GUUUUGCAGAAUGCGUCAACGUGCACUUCGAGAACAAAGACGGUGGCUUCUUCCUGAAACAAACUUCACGUCAUAUCCUUCCGAGCCAACCCGAUCUUAGCGAAGAUAAUCCGACCUCGAGAUUAUCCACUGACCGUUUUACAGUAUUCCAAAGUUCUGAACCGAUUUCGGUUCGCGCAACUUAUGGCCCUUUUAGCACGAAACAGACAGUUCCUGCACGUUACGUCGUCCCCGAUCCUCUACCACUUAACGCUACCGGAACGUCUAUCGACAUUCAAGAAUUGGCCACACAUCAUCUUGACAUGUCAGCUCACAUCGUCAGAAACGAAAUACCACGCGAUACUCCCGUUCUUAGAGUGUUAUUUCACGCCGGAACGGAUCCAAGCGCAAGAAGACAAUUGUUAAUGGCCAGGCACCAUCAAGUUUGUAUAGUUUUGCACGCGCUCUUGUCCAAUCAAACACCGUUAAGUGCCGCUUGUAGUCCCGAUGGUGAAGACGGGGUUUGUUUGGCCCAAAUUACGAUACCUUCUUUUUGGUGGCCUCCAUUACCGACUUUUGAUAAAUCGGGAAGGCAAGGAAAAAUUGUAAAAACCCCACCGCGAUUAGUACAAGUUUCUUAUUCAAUACAAGAACCUAAACCUGAAGAUGGGGAAACUUGUAAACCUCAAAUACAAUUGCAACCAUCUACCGUUUUGGGAAUGAUACCUUUAGUCCAGGCGAAGGCUUCAUAUAAAGAAACACCACUCGCUGAAGGACUUAUUCUAUCAGUUCCACAUCCUCCGUUAUUUCCAUUAUCUAGGAUCCACAUUCCGGUGUUUAUUGAUAGUCAGAAAGCGAAAGGAAUAUCAGGAGUUAUUAUAAAGGCUAGAGUUAAAAGCGGAAUUCGUCUCUUGGGAGCUGUGGCGACCGAUUCUGCGACUUGGAACAUUUCGCUGGAGAUGAAUGGAAGACACACAGGGGCGACGGUGAAUGUGCUGCGAAAGGAGCCGCCACCACCCGUAUCCGAUCCUGCAGAAACAGCGCCGGAUACAACUGGACCGGAGCUGUUUGAGUUGUUUACAUGGUUGGUGGAAAUAUCAGAAGACGCCCCAGAACCUUAUGACGACGCGAAAGUAGUCUGGACUGCGAAAUUCGAACCACCAUCCGAUGUGGAAGCCGCUGGAGAACACAAAACCGACGGUAGGAAAACUACCAUGAAAUUGGAUAUACAAAAGGAUGAUAUUCAAGCCGUCGUGCCAAUUAGCAAGAACUGGGAAGUCCUGAAUACGGCUGUCUUGACUGGCAGACAGGUGUCGCAAGCGAUGAAAAUAUUCAUAGUUUCUCAAGCAGGGAAAGCUGCCGACGUAACAUUCCAGGCGUCCUGUCACUCGGAAGACGAUAGCGUGUUAAAGGUAUCUUCGUCGUGCAGUAGCGUAUAUGUUGAUGGUAGCGAAGCGAGGGGGUCGGUGAAUGGAUCAGUUCUGGUGAAGUAUGGGACAUAUACUGGCUUGGCACGCUUCACGGUCUGGAUGCCGGAGUUCCCCCUGGAACUGCACGUCCCCGACACCCGUUUGUCACAGCUCAAGUACUGGAAAGUACCCGACUACCAGCCGAGCAUUACCAAACUUCGUAGAAGAAAAAAGAGAUCGUACAAUAAUUUGUGGCGUGGAAACCCAUUAAAUGAUGAUUUGGGUAACGUCAUAGAACGUCCAAACUGUCGGCUGCGGUACCAACAAACGACGGUCGACGUUUACGCCCAUUUCAUGGCCAUAGACCACGACUCGGGUAGAGUGACCUAUUUGAUCAACCGCAGGACGCUCCUGCGAGUUACAGACCUCAUCCUCCCUUCGCUUAGAGUUAGCGAUCCGAGGAUAGCGAGCCUUCACGGUAGGAUUCUGCAAGGUCGCAGUAUGGGGCGUACGGAAGUGCAGGUGCUAUCUCCGAUAACCGGGAGGGUCAUUGGGGCCAAGGAGGUGCGGGUUGGAAAUGAUAAAGUCGGGCUUACCAGGUUAUCCGUGCAGGUCGUCUCCGGGUUGCAACUUAACAUCUCUCCCGAUAGUUCUAUUGAGAAUGGAUAUGUCGCUGAGACUAGUGUUACAAGAAAACUUACUGCGCAAUACCAAGAAGGACUUUUAGAUAUUGUUUUGGAAUUUUCCGAUGAUAGCAAAACCCCUUUACGCGAAAUCUCCGAUGCAGAUUAUCAUUUAGUGGUGGAAAGUGUAGACCCUGAAGUUGUUGCAUUUGCCCCGAUGGUGGCUUCACAUCAUCCGAGAGUUAUUGCAGUUGGGGAAGGUAGUGGGGAUCUUUUGCAAGUCACUCUUCUUCUGUCUGAAGAAUGCAAAGGUCCCGGUCGAGGAAAAUCUAAAGGUUCUGGUCCAUUGGCGACAGCAGCAGCUUCCGUUGUCGUUGAUUUUAGCAGCAACGAUUUGGCACAUAGACCGGAUUUGCUUCAAAACGAUGGCGGAUCAUAUGGAUCGUCAAAAGGAAACAGAGAUUUUCAGGAUUUACAGGACAUCUUAAAAGAUGAUGAGCCAAACGUUCAAGCUAGACAAUACCAAGGAAAUAAAGUUGUUAGGCAUCACACUAAUCAAGGUGGAAUGACCCCUCUAGAAAUUGGAAUGUAUGUUUUAUUGGCGGCUUUUUGUUUUGCAAUCGUGGUCUUUGUAGUUUCUUGUGUGGUGUAUGCUUCGAAAUUUAAGCCACUAGAGCUGGGAUUGGAUAGUAUUAGAGCAGCUCCAGCGAGUUCGAUUAACCCCGUAAUUCAUAGGGAACAUCGCAAACCCAGAGAAACAACAACAAACGCACACGAUUGGGUUUGGUUGGGACGAGCUACUUUGGAUCAUUCGAACAGAAAUUCAACGGUCAAUAACAACACAUCCGAAAUAAGAAUAACCGCGAAUCCGUUGAAUUUAAAUUACGUUGAACCCGAAGAUUGCGUAGUUACCAGUUUUAGUAAUCCAACUCACAUUGAAUUACCCAGCCGAUCAGAUCUAGCCCAAAAGCCACUUGUUGACACAAGUACUUAUUGCAAAAACAAACCAGGAGUAUCCGAGAUACCAGAAACUUUAGACGAUGAAGAAGAUUUAGAGAUUUGGAAUAAACCCACCCCUCCACCACCUCUUCCUCCUCACGGUAUUCAGACACAACUAGAAAAAUUAAAAGAACAUUCCAUCGAAGAAUAUAGACCCCCUGUUCCCCCUCAUCGAAACAUUGGAGUUUCAACUCAAAACACAUCCGCGGAUGCUUCACCAAGUAGAAAACAUCAUCACCACCACCACCACCGAAACAGCAAACACCAAGAAAAACCUAAAUACGACCCAAACUUCGUUAGGUACUCCAGAAACGAUGACAUCGUUAUUGAAUGUGGAACGCAAGAUCCAAACUCUAAAAAAAGCGUUUUUGAAUUCGACGAUGAUCCACCCAUUUCCAGCGCAACAGAAUCCUUGGAGGCUGCCCCAAUCGUGCAGAAUCACCAACCAAAAACGAAUGAGGAAGAAUUAAAAUUCGUGCAGUAUCCAAAGUCACCAACUAAUUAUAGAAAUCCAAGAAAUAGUGCGGAGGUAAAACGUGCCACAAUCAUCGGCAAUCCUAUGUUUAGUGCGGAUGAUCAUCCUCAAGAAGAAGUCUCAACCGAUCUUGCAGGAUUGGAUGGGCUACAAUUGGAUAUGGAUUAUGAUCAAAUUAUGCAUUAUUUCGAAAAUUUAAAGGAAUCGAAUGCCUGAGUAGAAGAGAUCAUUGCAAGAAUCCGAAGCAUUCUCAUGUCGUUCAGUAAACAAUACAGAAUGGCUGCGCUGAACGGAAACGUUUCGAGCACAAUUUUGGAAGAGGACGUCAAUGAGAACUUUGAUUACAUAUUCGACCAUCUCAGUGAAUCAUACGCUUAGUAUGGAUAACACUGAAUUGAAAAAAGUUGGGUUGUUCUGUCAAUUAAUUGAAAACAAAAAUAAUCAUCGGUUAAGAAAAACUGAAGAGUAAUAAUCGCCUUGUUGUCUCAAUUUUACGUAACUGCUUUAACAUCAUCACUUUCACAUCUUAGCGAUAACGGAACAGAGUUUUAUGAGAAAGCGCACAUAAAAUAACAAGUUGAGAGAGGAAAAUGUUUAUAUUUAUUUUAUGUUGAUGUCAUAUCAUAUUAUUUUU